AUGGCAAAACAGUGAAGGUGAAAGUGUUAUCAAGCACGUUCGAUCAACCGAAUACCAGUUACUAUGUGACCAUCGAUAACGGUUUCUUCGUGGAUAGCAUGUAUAAUCAAUCGUGGCUCGGAGUGCGAAGGAAUGUUUGGAGCAUCACCUCUGAUUCGUCGGAGUUGGAUUCUAAUAAUGAUUCCAGAAGUUGUAUAGUCCGCUUAACUGUCGACGGAUCAAGUUAUUACGUGUCCCUUUCGGAAUCUGAGAAAAAAGAUUUCGUUCGGAAAUUCGCCUCGCAACUCGCCUCUACCAUACCGUGCUCACAAUCUCGCAUUUACACUAGGACAAAGUAUCAGUACGACUAUACCUUGCCCAAUAGAGACCAAAUAAUGUUUAGAGUGUUCGUCGACCCGGGCGACGGUACAAAUAAGAAUUCGACGACGAUUAAGGAUGUUAGCGCAUCGAGCAUUAUCGAAUACAUGGAUACGCUGAUUAAAAAUAAGAACGUUACCGGAAUUUCCUAUGGAUUGUUGGCAAACUUGGAUGAUACGUACGGAGCGUACAGGGCUCCUGGACUUUGGGAACGUUAUCGAUGGAUCCUCCUUGGGUCUUUUAUCGGGCUCUUGAUCUUGUUU